AUGUCUGGCCGUGGAAAGGGAGGAAAGGUAAAGGGAAAGGCAAAGUCCCGUUCCAAUCGUGCCGGUCUUCAGUUCCCCGUUGGCCGUAUUCAUCGUCUCCUGCGCAAGGGUAACUAUGCCGAGCGCGUCGGUGCCGGAGCGCCCGUGUAUCUGGCAGCCGUCAUGGAAUACUUGGCCGCUGAAUGUGGGGAGCUGGCCAUCCGCAACGACGAGGAGUUGAACAAGCUGCUGUCCGGAGUGACCAUCGCUCAGGGUGGUGUGCUGCCCAACAUUCAGGCCGUGCUGCUGCCCAAGAAGACCGAAAAGAAGGCUUAA